AUGAUCACUAUGAAAGAGUUUGUUCUUAUUACAUUUUUUUCUUUAUCAAAUUCAGUUACCAACUUUAUGCCCAACUUAUCAGUGCUUGAUGUUAACGUGGCAUCAUGGAGUUCCAUUGGAGGUUGGAAACCAAAUUCAUUGAUUUUCAUAAGAAAUAAAGCAUGUAGUUCUGCGAAAUACUUCUUAGGAAUAUCGUGGAAUUUAGUGAUGGUUGCUUUAAAAGCUCCCAAAACUAGCUGUCCUAUUCUACCGGGAGUAUAUAAAACAACAGGUAUUGACAUGAAGGAGUUUCAAAAUCAUAACUUCCCCAAGGUGUAUUUUUACGGAAAAUAUAAACUGUCAAUUAAGAUAAAAGAUAUAAAUAAAAAAGUACUUAGUUGCGGUGUAUUAGAAUUCAGUCUUGUAAGACCGUGGGAAAAACUGAUUUGA